UUCAUAAACAAAAGCACACGGUCUUAUUUGUGACAAUGGCUAUUGGAUCCCACAAGCUUUCUCAGCAAGGAGCUAUUACCAAGCGUAUGACUGCCAUUGAGGAGAUGGCUGGCAUGGAUGUUCUGUGCAGUGACAAAACUGGAACCUUGACCCUCAACAAGCUCAGCAUCGACAAGAACUUGAUUGAAGUGUUUAUUAAAGGUGUGGACAAGGAAUAUGUCAUACUGACUGCUGCCAGGGCUUCUAGGGUUGAGAAUCAGGAUGCUAUUGAUGCUUGCAUGUUAAACAUGCUUGCUGACCCUAAGGAGGCAAGAGCUGGUAUUCGAGAAGUCCAUUUCCUUCCAUUUAAUCCCGUGGACAAAAGAACUGCUCUCACUUACAUCAACGAGUCUGAUGGAAAAUGGUACCGUGCAAGUAAAGGAGCUCCUGAGCAGAUCCUGGAGCUGUGCCACUCAAGUCAAGAUCUGAGGAGGAAAGUCCACUCUGUUAUUGAGAAAUUGGCUGAACGUGGGCUUCGGUCGCUGGGUGUUGCGAGGCAGGAGCUUGGCGUGAAUGUCAAGAUGAUCACUGGUGAUCAACUCGCUAUUGGCAAAGAAACUGGACGAAGACUGGGACUGGGAACACAUAUGUAUCCAUCUGCUGCCCUGCUUGGUCAGGAUAAGGACUCAAACAUUGCUGCUAUUCCUGUUGAAGAGCUGAUCGAGAAGGCUGAUGGAUUUGCUGGGGUUUUCCAGUGC